AUGGCGUCGAAAACGGCUGCUGCUAAAGAUAUCAUCACACUGCACGGAUCUGCUGCCAUCGUCAGCGAGUUCUUCUGUGAUAUACUGUAUAAUAGAGCAGUUUAUCCAGAGGAAAGCUUUGUGAAAAUGAAGAAGUAUGGUCUUCCCAUGUUGCUUAUUCAAGAUGAAUCUGUCAAAUCAUUCUUAUCCAAUCUCACUUCUCAGAUUUCCGAAUGGCUUGAAGCUGGGAAGUUGCAGAGAGUAGUGCUAGUUAUUAUGAGCAAAGCUACUGGUGAAGUCUUGGAGAGGUGGAACUUUCGUAUUGAGACUGAUGCUGAAGUUGUUGAGAAAGGGUUAGUUCUCUUUAUAAUGAAAUGUUCUUGGAAUUUUGUUUUUUAUAUUAUCAAUCAUUUCAGGGUGUCGAGGGAGAAGAGUGAUAAGGAGAUAAUGAGGGAGAUCCAAGCUAUCAUGAGACAGGUUGCUUCCAGUAUUACUUACUUGCCUUGUCUUGAUGAACCUUGUGUGUUUGAUGUAUUGGCAUAUACGGACACAGAUGUGGCUGUUCCAUUCACGUGGGUUGAAAGCGACCCCAAGUUGAUUGCUAAUCCUCAGAUGGUUAAGCUACACGCUUUUGACACCAAGAUUCACAAAGUGGAUACCCUUGUCUCUUACAAGAACGAUGAAUGGGAUGAAGAAGCAUGA